AUGUCUAGUCUAUUUAAGCUGUUAGCUAGCCCUAUUGCAAGGAGGUAUCUCUCUAGAUCUGCAAUAACAUAUAAACCAUUUGAUUUUCAACGAAUAAAUGCUCAGGCAAAGGGCUCCGGUGGUCUAAACUUGGACCAGCUUUUAAACAAUCCUGCAAAAUACCAUGAUAAGGCUCCAAAUGGUCACGGCAAAGAGAAUAACAGGUUUGCGAUGAUGUUUGAUCCGAACAAUAUCGGAAAAACGAAACACCAUCCCCUGGAUAAAAAACUGGGCCCUAAGCAUAAGUCACGUACAAAGAAAAAUGAUGGAGGACAUAACAAGCAGACAAGGAAGUUGGCAAGGUUCCAGUUUGAAACUGGCUCUGAACAAGCUCAGAAUGCUAUCAAAUCUAUCAUUACUAAGAUCCAUACAUAUAAUAAAAAUUAUAAUGUGAGUUACGUUGACCCAGAUAAUAACAAGUUAGUAACGAAACAUUUAGUUGAAAUAGUUAAUAAUUUGGAUCUUGGGCACAAAGGUUUACACAUGGUCCCGCCUAAUCAGUCACUGCUGUUGCCCUUGGUAAAAGUGAGUAAAGUGUCGGACAUGAUAAGGUUGUACACAGAUGAACUAGCAGAGAUAAGAGAGCAAGAACUCUUAGAAAAAGGCAGUAUUGCAGCUCAAAAAGCCGUGAGGCAAAGAGAUAGGGCUGAGAAGAAGAAGUCUUCUACCAAAAUUAUUACUUUGGCUUGGAAUAUAAGUGUUGGUGACUUGAAGAAUCAAAAGAGGGCAGAGAUUUCAAAAAGACUAGCUAAGGGUGAAAAAUUUCUUUUAUAUAUAGGGGAAAAAAGGAGCUUGUACUCAGCAAGAAAGUCGGUAGACAAAGAGGGUGGAAUUAUUGAGACGUUAAAGGAAGGUAAAUCAGUGGUGGAUAAUGGCAAUAUGAGGAAAUAUGAGGAUGAUGAAUUGGAAAUUGAAAUGAGAAGACAUGAGAUGAUAUAUCAACAAAUUCAGGAAAUGUUAGACGAAUUGCAAUGUGAAUAUGAUAUUAGUGGUGAUCUUGAUUCCAGAAUCAUUAUCUCAUGUUCGCCAAAGAGAAAUCUUUCUUCGAAACAUAUGGAAGAGCACGAUUCUGAGCUGGAGUUAUCAAAGAAAGAAGUCAAGAGACAAAAAAAAUUGGCAAAACAAAAAGAGUUGGAGUUGAAGAAAUCCCAACAAAAAGCGAAGGAAAGUGACUUAGAUUCCUUGUAUCUGUUUAAAAUUGAGGAUUAA